UUUACUUCAGAGGGCGCAUAACUUCCUCUCAAGACACGAAAAACCGCUCAAGAAAUUACAUUAAUAACCCUCUGCGUCUAUAAUUCGCAUGUGUGAGUACACAAAUACUGCAAUAACAGUGCUGCACACGGUCAGUUUCACCGUACUUGUAUUUCCUCUGGUCGCGCAUGAGAGCAGAUGAUGAUGUGGAGCCCUGACGAAAUAGCCAGUCUGUGUUAUAAUCACUUUAAUAAACUGCCCAAACGAGGGAAACCCGAGUCUGGCAGAGAGUGGACUUUACUAGCGGCUGUCAUUCAGAUCACAGACUGUCCAGAGCAGAAAACAGUCCAGAAGCAGGUGGUGUCUUUGGGAACUGGCACGAAAUGCAUCGGCCGCUCUGCGAUGAGCAUGAAAGGCGAUGUUCUGAACGACAGUCACGCUGAGGUUAUCGCACGCAGAGGAUCUGUCCGGUAUCUGACGGAGCAGCUGCUGAAGGCUGUGAGCGGUCAGAGCUCUGAUGUUUUCUGUGCGGGAUCUGAAAAAGGAAAAUGGAGACUUAAAGCAGGAGUUUCUUUCCUCUUCUUCACCAGCCAAACACCCUGUGGUGAUGCCUCCAUAUUCCCCAUGUCUGGCAGUGAAGCUCAGCCUUGUGAACCAGUGAAGGAAACAACCAAGAAUGACGACUCAGAGCCGCGAGGCCUGAAACGACCCGCUGACCAGGACCUGAAGGAGACCAGGCAGAACACCAAACAUCCUAAAAUCAAGACUAGCGACAAACAACCAUCCUGCAGGAAUUCAGCAGAUGCAGAGGAUGAAGCUGACGCAGAAAAUGAAUCCUGCAGUGAGCGGAGUGACGCCGAGCUGCUGGACCUGCAUCGCACCGGGGCCAAAAGUGUCCCUGAUGGCCCCAGAGACCCCCUGCAGCCUGGGCUGCUCUAUCACCACACUGGGCUCCUGCGGGUCAAGCCGGGUCGCGGAGAGCCAACGCUGUCUCUGUCCUGCAGUGAUAAACUGGCCCGCUGGUGCAUUAUAGGAUUCCAGGGGGCGCUGCUGAUGCAUUUCCUGCAGGAGGCGCUGUACUUCAGUGCUGUGCUGGUGGGGAAGAGUCCAUACAGCCGUCCGGCCCUGCGGAGAGCGCUCUACACGCGAUGUUCUCAUGUGAAGGAUUUGCCGUCUGGUUUCUCCUUCCAUGAUCCGGAGCUUCUUCAGUCCAGCUUGGAGUUUCCUCACAACCACACACACACUGAGUCCAAACACGCACACUCGCAGGGCCGAAUAUCUCCAUGCGGAGCAGCCAUCAGCUGGUGUGCGGUUUCCCAGCAGCCUCUAGAUGUCACCGCUAACGGCUAUAAACAGGGAGUCACUAAAAAAGCUUUGGGCACAUCACAAGCCAGAUCGUUAAUCUGUAAAGUGGAGCUCUUUCAUUUGUUUCUGAAAGUGGUGGCAGCGACUGAAGACUCUGAGCUUCCAGAAACCCUCUGUGGAAAGGACUGGAAGACGUACUGGGACUAUAAGCAGGCGGCAGAGUCGUAUCAGCUGGCCUGGACACAGCUGCGUCUGCAGGCCUUCCCUCAGUGGCCCCGCGGGCCCCGACAACUGCUGCUGUUUCAAUAGAGGAUUCGCCAAACCAACACUGGAGCUUCAACCGCUGAAGGUUUAAUAAACGUAUUUACAUUCA